AUGGGGAUCAAGCUUUCUUCAGAGCCCUGUGAUGGGCCCUGUGAUGCCUCAACAAGAUCCGCGGACGGGGACAUAAAUACCAAGAUGACAGCCCCCUCCUUUUCGCCAGUACACUUCGACGAGGGCAAAGGACCGGUCAAUGACUUCCAAACCGCACAACACAGAGGAAUGCUUAACAAGGAUCACUGCAUCAUAAUUCAGGGCCUCCCGCAGUCCUCCGCUAGUACCUCCAGGGCACGAGUCGCUGCUGACUUAGAGCAAUUCCAGAAAUUCCUAAAUGAAAUGCGGCAACCAACAGAAGAUGUCACAGUCCUAAAGGAGUUUCGUCUUGGUAGCCGUACAACCGCCGCUCCACUGACGCGACCAAGACCCCUGAAAAUUGUCCUAGGUGGCAAUGAGCAGGCGAAACUAAUCCUUUCCAGACGUUUUCGAUUGAAACAUUCCCAUAAAGGAGUGGUUUUCAGCCGGACUACUCACCUGCCGAGAGAAUGAAACGUCGCGAACUUGUCCUAGAAUUGAGAACACGACAAACCAACGGAGAAAAAGACUUGACAAUCUACAACGACCGGAUAGUCAAACGACAUUCCGCCUCCCUCUGGAUCAAGCCGAUCCGAAUGACCGCACAGAUACCACGGUAGCCUGCGUCGGGGCUGAUAAAAAAUCACGCAUGAACUCGAAACUCAUAUUCGUGUAUACCAACGCGCAAAGUGUAAUUUCUAAACUGGAUGAACUUCGUAUCCUUACCCAUGACCUCCACCCAGACGUUAUCUCAAUAACAGAAACAUGGCUGCCCGAACAGAUUGAUGAUAGAGAACUCAUGCUCCCUGGAUUUUAACUGUUCCGCAGAGACAGACAAAACAGGAGGGGUGGAGGCAUAGUAACAUUUGUUAAAAACGGCUUAUACGUUUCAGAAAAAACUGCCCAAUUGACUUGUAGUACGGAAGCAUUGUGGCUGACCAUAAGGGCACCUGGCUCUCAAGGCCUCGAUAUCUUGACAGUAUAUCGCCCCCCGAGAAAUGACCCUGACGUUGAUACCCAACUGCUGGAGGAGCUUAGGUUAUUUUCAACGCGACCAACUACUCUCAUCGCUGAGAUUUUAAUGUAUCCCACAUAAACUGGAGCUCGGCCUCAGCCGACUGCUCUGAAGCAGCAUUCGAUCAGCAGUUACUGCGUACCUCCGACAAUCUGCUUCUAACCCAACACGUAAUGUUUCCAACAAGAGUUAGAGAGGGCCAGCAAAUGAAUUGCCUUGAUCUAGUGUUCACUAAGUCCUCUGACAAUAUCGACGUUGUUAAUUGCCUCCUCCCGUUGGGUCAGAGUGACCAUGUAUUUCUCAUGUGGGAAUACACCUUAUUCCCCCUGCCUGCAUAACCGCUCGAUUCCCGACCCAAAAUUUGGCGCGGAGAUUGCGAACAGAUUAGAUGGGAUCUUAUGUAGCGACCGAGCGGGUAGGAGACGUCGGGUCACGUGCGUAGAAGGAAGGGGAAGAGGGGAGUUUGAAUUCAGACGAUCCGGACGAUUGGAAAAGUCGGUCUAAAAUACCUUGUACUUCAGAGUGUGUGGUAGAGGGGGCACAGGCGUACGAGACAUGAUAUAGAUAACGGAAAUGACAAAACGAUAUAAGUUUAUUGUAACGUGCGAAACGGGAAUAUAAUAAUGAGAUACGUAAAAACGGAAGAAUAUGACAGAAUGACUUAUUGGCGUGUUGACAGUUAAUUGUCGGCACGUGGUUUUCGGAGCGUAGACUCUGCAAAAACAAAACGAAAGUAGUGCAGUCUAUUCAAACCUCAAGGUAGGGUCUCUGGUCAGAUCUCCGUCUGUUACACUUAGUCCUAUCGACUGGCAUCCACUCUAUCCGGUGAUGUCGAAGAGUUUUGGUGUCAGUUCAAAGAGUUAGUCCACAACCUCAUCUCCAACCAUUGCCCAAUCAUGCGCAGAAGACUAACAAAUAGACCCCGCUGGCUGACUCCGUCAUUAAAGAAGAAAGUUAACAAGAUGAAGAAGCUGUGGAAAAGAUCCCUGACUGACCGGACGCCAGAAUCCCUAAGCAGUUAUAAGUUAUAGAGAAAUCGGGUCAAAAUUCUCAUUGCCAGAGAUCGGAAAGCCUUUGAAAAGAUCUUCUGAACCCUGCCAGGGUUAAUCCCAAAGUCCCCUACAGCUACAUAAGACAGAGCACGCGGAACAAAGACCCCAUCCCACUGCCGCGAACAGCCGAGGGAAUGGAAAUCUCCGAUGACAAGGAUAAGGCUGAACACCUCUCUCAGUUCUUCCGGUCCGUCGUGACAAGUGAAUCUGAUUUUUUCUCCCCUAUUUUUGAAGACGAAGAAACGCCUACCCUUGAAGCCGUAUUCUUCACCGAAGCAAUUGUUCGGAAUGAGUUACUUAAUCUGAAAGAAUCGACCUCUUCAGGCCCUGAUGCAAUCCCCGCCAGCUGAAGGAGCUAGCUCCCGAAAUGUCCAAGCCACUAGCCUUGAUCUUCCAAACGUCAUUUCUUACUGGAUGCCUGCCCUCUGAUUGUAAGUCCAUUACCAUCACUCCGCUUUUUAGGAGCUGAAGUCCUGCGUCUGCGAAUAACUACAGGCCAGUAAGCCUUACCUCUAUCUGUUGCAAAAUCAUAGAGACGAUCAUUAAGAAGGCCCUGAUGCAGUCUCAAGAGCAGCACCACCUACUCUGUGAUGCACAACACGGCUUUCGAAGUGGUAGGUCCUGCCUCACGAACCUGCUCUUUACGCUCGAACGCUGGACCAAAGCACGCGAUGAAGGUAGUGUGGUGCACGCCAUCUUCAUCGACUUCAAAAAGGCCUUCGACAGCGUUCCGCACCAACGUCUCUUGCACAAACUGCGCAACGCUAGAAUUCGUGGAAGCCUUCUUGUAUGGAUCCAGAGCUUUUUGGCUGGACGGUCCCAAAGAGUGCAGGUCGGGCGUCAGCAGUCCUCAGAGGUAACCGUGGUGAGUGGCGUCCAACAGGGCUCGGUCUUAGGUCCUACGUUAUUCCUCGUUUUCAUAAAUGACUGCGUCAAGGACUUAGACUGUGAUACCAUCCUGUUUGCCGACGACAUUAAAUUGUGGAAAGUUAUUCACAAUGCGGCAGACGUAGACCACCUACAAGCAAACCUGAACAGGCUCGAAGACUGGUCGAAGCGUUGGCUUAUGCCCUUCAAUAUAAUCAAGUGCAACUUUCUUCAACUAGGCAGCUUCAGAGCCUCCAGCCCCAGGACUUACUUUAUAGACGGCACACCACUGCAACAGGUUGACAGUCAGAAGGACUUGGGUGUAUGA